UGUUCUGAUACUUGCACCUUGAAAACACCAUCAGGUUAUAGUCUUAGUUUUCUUCUGUGACCUAAUUUUAAAUUAAACUCAUGGUAAAAGGAGCAGCUGAAAGACUGAAAUGCUUAUGGGAGGCAUGGAGAUGGUUUAAGACAUCACAUGGGCCAAGAACAAAGCUUCACCACCCAGCAAAACAGCACAGAGAGCAGGAGGCUGGUGUGAUUAAACAGGAGCCUGUGGGAUACUCAGAGUAAGAAGAAAUCCUUAAUAAAUUGAACCUUUGUCCAAAUGUAAGAGAUGGAAAGAAUAACAUUUGGCAGGUGAAGUGUAGCACAAGCAAGCAAACAAACCAACCCAGCCAAAUAAUGCAAAGAAAAAUGGAAUAUGAGGAAUGUUCAAGUCAUAAAACUUGCAUGAGUAGUUUUGAAAAAAUCAGGAGCAGGGGGACUACUGGUGUCAGCAGAGACUGAUGCACAGCAAAGGGAAGGGCUGACCUGAAGAUGAAAGCCUCAGCAGAAGAAAAUCCAGUGACUUGUUUGCAUAUGUGUUCCGUGUGAAAGAGCUGGUGGAGUUCACACAGGAAUACUUCCAUAUGGAGAGCUCCACAGGGAAUCUGCUCAGAACAGAAGUGCUUUCAAGAGAGAUUAAAGUUCAGCUGAAAUGAGCAGCAACAAGUUGCCAGCAGCAGACGGUGCCACCUACGGCUCCGAGGGAGCUCAGGGAUGAACAAGCUGAGCUCCCAGCUGGGAUGGCGACCUCUCCCUUGGUACAAUGUCACAGCAAAUGUCACAGCAGCUUCUGGAAGGAAUUUCAAACUACAGCCACUUGCACUUUGUGAAUUCAUGGAUGCUGUGAUGCAACACCAAUGGCUGAAUACCGAGGAGGAGUCAGUGUGGGCUCUGUACAGGGAAAUCAUGCUUCAAAACUUUAGUGGAAUUGCUUCAAUUCCAGGCAUCAUCAGUAGGGUAAAGGGGAUUUGGUUGGGACAGUCUGAACUGCAUUUAAUGAUGAUUUUGCUCAAGGCACUUAAGGAAGAAAAGCUGCUGGUCAAAAAGAGAAAUGUCAUAUAGACAAACAACUGUUUAGAAGACAGGAAAGGAAGAGAAGGGACGAUUUUUAUGGUGGGAAGUAAACAGCUGGAUGUCCAAUAUAUUUAAAAAAAAUUAGAAAAAAGGUAAUGUAUAAUGAAACUGACAACAUCCACUGAUGAUAUUAUUCAGUGUAAUAAUAAUACAAUAAAGGCUGAGUGAAAUGCAGAAGGAUUAGAGAGUGGGAGAUGAAAUUCAGUGUCAAUAAAUGUAGGGUUGAUGAUGGGAAAACAGCAAACGGCCCGGCCUUGGCUGAUUUCAGUCAGCAAUGAGACCCGUGGCUCUGCAGGAUUCCCGGCAGGGAAGGGCGGCAGUGCAGGCUCCGGGAGAGGACGGCAGCGCAGGGAGCAGCACCGCCGUGGGCACGGCUGCGGGCGCAUCCCGAGGGCGCAGGACCCGCCCUCCGACGGGGAAAGGACUGAGGGGAAGGGGAAGGGGAAGGCUCAGGGCAGCGACCAGGAGCGCCGCGAGGUCCGGAACAGCGCGCAGGAACGGCGGCACCAGCCCGCGUCUCCUCGGGAAUGCCGGGCCGGGGAAGGGCUCUGAGCGAGGCGCGGGGAGGAUGGCGAGGAAAGGCUGACCCCGGAUUUCUCUCGUGAGCAGCUGCCGGGCUCAGGGCAGGGGUCCCUCAUCGGGGGGACUGAAGCCAUAACCCCUUCCCUCGGCAAGGACAGGCGAGAAGGGGCCCGCCCGUGGGAAGAGGCGGCUCCGCGGGGCAGCUCCGCCCCGGGCCCGCCCUGACCGGGAAGCAGACGGGCGGCGGCCCCGCCUCGCCGCAGCCUACCGGGAGCCGCCCGGCGGCGCAGCAGGGCCCGGCCCGCCAUGGCCGCGCCGUGCCGGACGCGCACGCUGCAGGUGGUGGACACGGAGUUCAGCGCGGACGCGGUGGAGUGGUGCCCGGUGGAGGGCUGGCACAGCAUCCUGGCCUGCGGCACCUACCACCUGCGCCCGCCCGACCAGAGCGAUUCCCGAGGGAGCAGCGGGGCCUGUGACCGCACGGGGCGGCUCUACCUGUACCACUACAACGAGGAGCAGCCCUACAUGCCGCUGACCGAGAUCCAGCGCAUCGACACGGCCGCCAUCCUGGACAUCAAAUGGUGCCACAUUCCUGUUGCAGAACAUCCCAUGGUUGGCAUCGCAAACUCUACAGGUGCUGUGGAAUUUUGCCACCUGACUGGAAGUGAGAAGAACAGCUGCAUGUUGGAGCCACGCUUCAGGGUGGAUCUCGGGGCACAGCGACUGGCCCUGUCCUUGGACUGGUCCACUGGACGAGAGCAGUGUGGAUGUCCUUUAAGAGUGAUCAGCAGUGAUUCAGAGGGGAAGCUGAAUCUUUUCUCCAUAGAUGAAUCUGCUCCUUCUGUGCAUGUCCUGAACCAGUGGGAAGCUCACAAAUUUGAGGCCUGGAUUGCUGCUUUUAAUUACUGGGACAUUGAUAUCGUGUAUUCAGGAGGGGAUGACAGCCUGCUCAAGGGCUGGGACACCAGGUGCAGUCCGGAGGCUCCAAUCUUCACCAGCAGGAGACAUUCCAUGGGUGUGUGCAGCAUUCAGUGCAGUCCCCACCGAGAGAAUCUCCUGGCCACAGGCAGCUACGACGAGCACGUGCUGCUGUGGGACACCAGGAACAUGAGGCAGCCUCUGGCUGACACCCACGUGGAAGGUGGGGUGUGGAGGCUGAAGUGGCACCCCACGUGUGACUUCGUGCUCUUGGCAGCCUGCAUGCAGAGUGGCUUCAAGAUCCUCGACUGCCGCGGGAGCCUGGCGGAAAACACAGAGGAAUGUAUCAUCCUGUCAUCCUAUGUCCUGCACAAUUCCCUGGCCUACGGGGCUGACUGGUCAAGGCUGUGUCCAAGGGAUUCCUUGCCUGCAAGCCAGGACCUUGCUGCUGCGUGCCAGCCUUCGGAGGAGCUCGUGGGAGCAUCAGGGCAAGGAGAGGAGAGGCUGAGUUUGCAGGUCCAGAACCUGAAGAUAAUUUAUGAGUCUCCUACAGCUACUUUUGAUGUAAUCCUGGAUGAGGAGAGUGAAAGCCCUGCUGUGGCACUCGCAGCAGGGGCAGGGCCAAAGCUGGCUGGGGAUCCUGGACUGGUCAGGGGCUCUGGUUUAAAGGGAGGUUUAGAUUUGGCUGCCCAAGGGGCAGAUCUGGGGUCAGCCAGCGGCUCUGACUCAGGAGCCAAGAGACCCAAUGGAAUGGGGCUGGACAGAGGCAGUGACUCAGCCAGGUCUCCAGACAGCCCCAAAGAAAUGAGCAUUGUGGCCACUUGUUCUUUCUAUGACAACAUCCUCCAUGUCUGGAAGUGGGAGAUGAGCCUGGUGACCCCUCCAGAUGUGCCAAGUCCUGGAUCUCCAUCCAAAAGAACAGGUGAAAGUUUGCAUUGACCAGUCCCAAUGGAAGAGGGAGGAAAACUCCUGAACUGAGAGUGACAGCUGAACUUAAUGCCCUGAUUUCUGCUGGGCUUUCCCAUCUUACUGCUGAGCUUGGGAGUCCUUCGAGGCAAACACUGAUGGGAUUCCUGAUGUUUUCUUUUCAGCACAGAGGGAAGCCUUUGCUUAGAGGCCUGUGGUCAUGGCCAGACUGGUUUAUUUAGUUUUUCCCUUAUGUCCCAGUUCCAAGUGGAACAGCCCUCCUCUCACAGGCUGCUGCUUUGUACCUCAGAUCUGAAUCCUUUCAAGGCUGGUUUGCAUUUCACAAUGGAUGUGUUAAGCCUUCUCCUUCCCUUACAAACCAGACUUGACUGUGCUGCUGUGCACACCCAGUAAGUGACCAGAAGGUUUCCUGAAUGUCUCAAAGGCCCCUGAGCAGAGGCUUGGCUGUGUGAUGGGAGAAGGGCUCAGACAGGCCAGAGGCAGUGCAGUGUGCUCACAGUGAUGUUAAACAGAGAGAAGUUCUGGUUCAGAAGGAAGUGCAGACUGUCUGUGUGAAGGGAAGUGCUGUGGGAUCCUCCUUGUGAGGCUCCUUGUGCUUUUCCAUCAUUUUCCAUCACUCCUCACCUGACUGCAGACUCCUUCAUCGCUCCCAGCCGAGCACACCCUGGUUCAGUAAAUCCUGUAGUGACCCCACCAUGUUUUAGUGCCACUGCACCACCCCCAUGGCCUCUCAGUAUUCAGCUCAUUCUUUCUGCUCUCCACAGAGCCACCUUUAGGUCCAAAGUCAAGCUCAGUUUUUAAAAGGUGAACAGCUUUAAGAUCAAAACCUCCAAAACGUAUAAGCGGUGUUUCUUGACAUCUUUUUAAAUUUAAAAUAAGUACAGAAACCAAAAUCUUAACAGCAUUGCCCUAACUACCUCCAGGAAUGGCUGCAGGAUUUCUCAUGGUUGCUCCAUUAGCUCUCUUUUUUUCACUGUGAAAUAUCAGCAAAACACCCUUUCUGGAACAUUUUCUCUAUUCCUAGAAACACAAAACCAGCUUAAACUAGAUCAGUAACUUUUAGCUUGCAUGGUUUUCUUUGAGGGUCCUAAAGAAUGAGUUGUCUGGAGGGAAAGAAACACCAGCAACAGGUCUGUGUAACAGUGCUGCAACUAAAUGAGGUGCAGCAGAUGAGAACUUUGCUGCUUUGAAACCCCCUUCUCAAGGGUGAAUGUGCAUUUUAGCAAACAUUCUGGAGCACUGUUACAUGAAGAUUCAUAUUAAUAACGAAAACAAGAGCUUUUGCUAAAGAAAAAAACAUGCUAUUUUUGGAUGUUUCUAAAAUAAAACAAAUGUAAGUGA